AUGGCUAAAAAGCAAGGAAAGGGAAAGAGCAACAACAACAACAAUAAUAAAAACUCGCAAAACGGGGUCAAGAAGAAUGGCAAUAAUAAAAACAGCAACAACAACACCAACAAUAAAGACAUAACCUGCAACCACUGCCACAAAAAAGGGCACAAGGAAGCAGACUGCCGAUCCAAACCCGGCAACACCACCACCAACAACAACCAAGGCAAAGGUAUAUCCCGCCCCUGCACAACCUGCAAAGGCCGCCAUCUCGAUAAAGACUGCAAUGCCAAAUCCGGACUGGGACCCGAUGGGAAAGCACUGAAGUGUAAACACUGCAACGGACCACACUACAACAACCAAUGCUGGGAAAAGACCUCGGAGGAUUUCACAAACAAGAGCACUGCCACCCAACCCCAAGGACACCACGGACAGCAAUAUAGCCCCAACAUCUCGCAACCGUUGACGAUGAGUGGACUGGUCCUACGACCAUGUCGCUACUGCGGCGGCGAACACCUCGGAGACCACUGUCCACAUAAAACCGUCCUCGACGCACAACACGAUUUCCGCGACCAAAGCCAGUCGACGUACAGCUACCCAUCCAGCAACCACUUCUCCGCCACCUCGGAGCCUAAUCAAGAAUGGCACACCGCAGCGAGCACGCACAUCCAGCCCGCCUGGGGCUUCAUCAAGAACCCAGUCACAUCACGAAAAUGGGAAGACGACGAUACAUCACGGUACACACGGCACCCGCACGACCUAGUGCCCGCACACCACACGCACCUCGCGGAUUCGUAUCUAGCGUAUAGCCAUCAGAGUGGACAUCCUGCGUUCCGAGAACGGUAUCCGGCGAGAGAAAGGUAUGAUGAUGAACAGGAUGUGAUUAUGGAGGAUGUGGAUGCGGACCCGGACUAUGGGUUUACCGAUCAGCAGAAGAUGGAGCAUUUCCAGCAGGGGAUUAGGGAUGCUACGUGGGAGGCUGUGAAUUUGCGGAGACGGUUGUCGGAGAUGAGGAGGGGGGGCAUUGUGGAUGGGGAGUAUAAACCUAUGUUUGGGUACUAG